ACGACCACUCGCUGGCCGGCUCGCUGGGCGACGGCGACGAGACGGAGGUGGCCGCGCGGCUCGACCAGUGCCAGAAGACCGUCACGGCGCUGGAGCAGGCCAAGGAGCGCUGGCGGCUGGAGUACCAGCUGGUCAAGGCCAAGUACGAGCACCUGCAGCGGGAGGCGUCGCCGACCUCGCCGGAGCCGGCCGUCGACGAGGCCGGCGCGGGCGCCGGGCCCAACACGCCCGACGGCGAGCUGCGGACCUCCGCAAACCCCUGGGUCGACUUGGAGGCCCGCGAGACGCGCCUCAAGAACGAGCUGAUGCAGCAGCUGGACGAGAUGCUGGAGCGGCUGCAGACGGCUGAGGGCCGGUGUCGUCACUACCAGAUCGAGUGUCGCCACCUGGUGCGCAGCCUGACGGCCGUGGAGGAGACGUGCGGCGAGGCACAGCGCCGGCUGAACGAGGAGACAGCCGCCCGCCAGAGCCUUCGCCAGGAGCUGGUCACCACGGCCGCCAGCUACGAGACCCAGGUGGCCGCCAUGUCCGACCAUCUGGCCGGCCUGAACGAGACGCUGGCCGCCCAGCGCGACCAGAUCGACCAGCUGCGCUACCAGCUGGGCCAGCGCCGCCGCGCCAACCGGUAGCGG